AUGGGGAUCGGUAGCGGCGGCGGGUAUCCCUUCCACUCCAUAGUGGCAGAAGACUACCCGGCGGCGCUCAUCAAGAACGAGGACGAUAGGGGCGUGGGCCAGAUUGGGCUUAACCUUGGCCGGCGGACUUACUUCCCUUCUGGGGAGGCCGCCGCCAUCGAGCAGCUCUUCCGGCGAUCGAGAGGGAUCUACCAGGUGGGCCAGCAGGCGACGCGGUGCCAGGCGGAGGGGUGCAAGGCCGACCUCUCGGUCGCGAAGCACUACCACCGGCGGCACAAGGUAUGCGAGCUCCACUCCAAGGCCACAGUGGUGGUCGCCGGCGGGAUGCAGCAGCGUUUCUGCCAGCAAUGCAGCAGGUGGGUUUCUCUCUUUCCGAGUAAAAAAAAAAAAAACUUGAUAACAGAGAUCGCCGUUUGAAGCGCGACCCACACAUGCUUUCCUCUUCUUCGUCAAUUUCUUCCUCUUCAGAGAGCUCACUUCCGGGCCUUUCUUCAGAGAAAGGAUCCUCGUUUUCUCUCUGAGGUUGAUUUCAUCUGCCUCUUUGAUAAUGGGCGUGGUAGAUAUUCGGGAAUGGACUUGGGUCGCUGAGGAGGAGCGUAUCUUGAACUGGGGUGUGUUUCAUUUCUUGAGAGGCUCCACUGCUUCCAAGGAUGUGAGGUCGAUGUCUCUGGUCCGCAAGCUGUUUAGGGUUAGAGAGUCCCCUCCCAUCUCCCUCGAUUUCUCCUCGGAUGACGGCGUUUGGAGGAAAUUUGAAUUGACCCCGUUGGCCUGUGGUUAAGCAUUCUGGUUUCACGGCUCAAUCUCUCACCGCCGCAGUGAAGCCGGAAGGGCUUGAAUCGACCCUGCAAAUAUAUCUUCUCGCCCAAUGUAGAUGAUAACACUGCCAUUGAUUUCCUCUUUGAUAUUGGUUUCUGCUGUCGCUUUUUGGAUCCUUCUGAACGAUGGUGUAACUGCCACUGCCGUUCAUACAUUGUCUCUGUUGCACUGUCCCCCGACAACUCUCUUUUUCUUCUCUCUCUUCUUUCUUCUCUGCUCUCCUUCUCCCUCUCUCUCCGUCUUCCUUUCUGCCCUCUCUUGAUUAUGGGUUAAUGAAAAUGGAGAGAACCGCGGCCUUUCCUCACUAUCUCACGGUCGUCGGCGUCUUGUUUGUCAGAUUUCACCCGCUGUCGGAGUUCGACGAGGCCAAGCGGAGCUGUAGGAAGCGCCUGGCCGAGCACAACCGCCGGAGAAGGAAGUCGCAGUCUUCUCCGACGAUGUCUACAGCAGGAAGCGAUCGAUCCAACCCGACGGACAGCUCCGUCAGCUCCAUGGACAGGAGCAGGCUUCCCUCCAGUAACCCGACGAGGAACGACGGUGGGUUUCUCUCUCCUGUUGCUAUGCGUUGUCAAGGUUUCAUCUUUCCGUGCCUUCCCGUCUCCUCAACGUCUCUCUUGAUUUAG